AUGACUUCGGGAGGCAGCCAAGAAAGAAAGAUUCCUCUUCUAUCCAAGCUGAGCUUCUGCUUCAAGGCCUUUCUUUCAUCGUUCGUCCUCAUCGCUCUAACUCGUCACGUUUUGCAUCUAGCCAUAUCAACCUCUUCCGUCCUUCUAGUCCCCUACGAAGCUUCACAUAAAAUCCAAGCCGAGACGGCCUCCGAGCCCCUCUCCCUCAUGGAAGAAUACGCCAUGCAAAAAAGCUGGCGCAGUGACGGCGACAAGCUGACCUUCAUCGCCUGUCUCCCUCUCCCAUCACCACCACCAAGCGCCGCCACCACCAUUACCACCAUCACUAGCCUCAGCCCCAUCCAACCCGGCACCUUCGACGGCCCCGCCCAGAUGAUCGGCGACGUCAACCUCUUCCUGAGUCCGGCUGACGAGGACGACGACAACGACGACGACGAAGGGGUCAUCGGCGAGCUGGAGCUGAUGAUCGCCCCGACCUCCCGUCGCCGACAAGGCUACGGCCGCGCCGCCAUACUCGCAUUCAUGCAGUACAUCACGACGCACCUCUCGUCCAUCCUCGCCGAGUUCGGGGGCGGGGACGGGGACGAGGACGAGGACGGACAGACGACGACGCCGAGGAGGACGACGAGGAGGAGCAUCGAGAGGAAGCCGACGACGAAGCUAUCGCAGCUGAAAGUCAAGAUUGGGAGCAAGAAUGAGAAGAGCAUCGCACUAUUCGAGAGCAUCGGCUUCGUGAAGGUGGGGGAAGGGCCGAACUACUUUGGGGAGCUGGAGCUCGUGUUCGGGGGCUCCCUGGAGGAGGGCAGCAUCAAGGCCUUGAGGGAGAAGUUUGGCGUCGACGGCUACGAGGAGGUCGCGUAUGGCAGCAGCCAAGCCACUGAGCAGACCGAUGCCGGGACUGGGAUCCGAUAA